GAGGCGGGAUCGCGAUACAAGCGCCCGCGCAUCUCAUACUCAAGUUGCUCACCCAAGAGGCUGGACCGUCGUGCGAUUAAUCGCUGCUGCUCUAGUCUCUACCAAUAUGUUCAUUGGCGUCACCUCAAGUGGAGACAACGUGAAUUCUCAUUACGACUACCUGAUUUGAACGCCGGAGGCACAUCUAGUGAAAGAAAUUUUGUACGCUUACAAAUAUGGCGCUAGAUUUCGUAGCUGGAUGUAUAGGGGGUUGUGCGGGAAUCAUUGCUAGUCAUCCUUUUGAUACAUUGAAAGUGCAUAUACAGGCGGGCAGAGGUAGCGCGCUGCAAUGCACUAAAGCUCUUUUGAAAGGAGGAACAUUGUCGAGUGCCUACCGUGGAGUAGGUGCUCCCUUAGGCGGUAUAGCAGCUGUUAAUGCUAUAGUCUUUGGAGUAUACGGAAACACACGACGGGCGCUGCCUAAUCCUAAUGCUCUGAGCACGCAUGCGGCAGCAGGGGCAGCCGCGGGCCUAAUGCAAAGCUUCGCUUGUGCUCCUAUCGAGUUAAUUAAGACACGACAACAGUUAGCAAAACCUGGAGAUGGGAUGCCGUCCGGAGCGUGGGCCGGAGCGCGUCACAUCGUACGCACUGGAGGCUUCAGAGCGCUUUUCCGUGGACUCGGUGUGACAAUAGUUCGUGACAGCCCUGGGCUUGCGAUUUAUUUCACCUCUUACGAGGCCAUGACCCGAGGAGAUCAAUCUGUGAUGAAAGUGUUUUUGGCGGGAGGUGCGGCGGGAGCCCUAUCGUGGGUGGUAUUAUAUCCUAUUGAUGUGGUGAAGUCGAGGUUUCAAGGAGAUUUAGUGGGGAAAUACGCAAGUUCAUGGGACUGCUUCGUGCAGUCAGUUCGGACUGAUGGCUGGAAGAGUAUGGGUAGAGGUGUGGGAGCAGUUACACUGCGCGCGUUCAUUAGCAAUGGUGCUUGUUUCACCGCUGUCGCCUGGACAGAGCGCGUGUGGCAACGUAUGGCUGCUGAGCAGGGUGUGAAAACUUUCGCUCAGACCAAUGCCAUGAGUGAGGCAGUUUGUGAGAACAACGACCGACAAUAUGAUGUGUAAUCAAGGUUCGAAUUAAGCUGUAAGCUUUCCUUAUCUUUACUUUUAUUCAGAAAAGAAGGAUUUGUAUGUACAUGACGGAGACAAAGAUAAAAUGAUGUAUUCUUAUUA